AUGAGGCGCAACAACACCGCGGCCCGGUCGAGGGCACGUCUAAGAGCCUUUCUGGCCAUCAUAGCAGCAUCGUUGCUCCUGCUUCUCCUCGUCGCUCCGCAUCGCGCCCAGGCACAAGACGAUGACGACGUGGACGACGACAUCGACACAGACGACGUCGAGGCCAUCUCACUAUCGCCCGAAUUGGAGCUGGCGCGAGCCGAAGCCGACGCAUCGCUACUGUGGGGAACCUAUCGUCCACAGAUCUACUUUGGCCUCCGUCCUCGCCUUCCAGAUUCGCUCCUCACCGGUCUCGCCUGGUUCGGCUUGCAGGACUACACCGAUUUCCAGCACAUUCGACACCAGUGCAGCGACCAGGAUGGUAUGAAGGGCUUCACCUGGAAGUACCACGACGGCCGUGAGUUUGGCGUGCAGGAAAUCAACGACAACGAGAACAACUAUCGCCUCGAGACCAGCUUCGUCAAGGUCGACACCGCCAACAAGAACGGGGGCAGCUGGGGCGCUCGUAUCUCCGGUACUGUCAUCGACGCAACGAAACCCGCAUCGCUCACAACCUUCUGGUACACCGCCAUCGAAAGCCUCACGAGCGAGCUCGGUCUAGAAACCGAGAUGGAUCCAGGUCACGGCAUUCAGCGCGAGGAGCCAAUUCGUCUCGCUGGGUCCGUUCCGGGCCUCGGCGACUUUAUCCUCCGUAUCGAAGAGCCGACGGCCGCUCACGGCAACGCAAAUGCGGGUGACAAUCAGUUCGUCACGCGUCCCAGCGGAUCUGCCACCGCCGACGACUAUGCCGAGACCGUAGGCAAGUCCCACGUUUUUGGCAAGCGCGUCCCCAUCGAAGCAGUAUGGAAGUCCAAGGAGAUCAUCCAGAACGACCUAAUGAUUCGCUUGCAGGAAGCCGCGCAGACCCACGGUCAAGACAAGAUGCCUGAUCCCGCUCUCACCCUCAGUCUCUCGGACCAGGUCGCUCCCGGUUCCACCAUCUUUGCCGUCCAGAAGUCGUUCACCGGCAACUUUACCUUCGAUAUCUUUUACGACAGCGCUUCCACACCGAAAGGCGAACGCCUCUCGUCAGCCGGACUGACUCAGGCGCUCAGAGCCUCUCGCGAUGCAUACGACGCACGCUUCGAGCAGGCUCUUCAUCUCGGCAGCAAAAAUUACUCGGCACAGCAGAUCGAGUUUGCACGCGACCUCACCUCAUCCAUCACGGGCGGCAUCGGUUUUUACCAUGGCUCGUCCAUCGUCGAUCGCUCCUUCAGGCACGAGUACGAUGCCGAGACGGGCUCCGGUGUCUACGAUCCGGAUGUCCACGGCCAAGCCAAUCCGCAGCCUACCGAGCCAGGACAGCUCUUCACUGCAACUCCGUGCAGGAACAUCUUCCCGCGUGGCUUCUACUGGGAUGAAGGCUUCCAUCUGGCUCACAUCGGCGCAUGGGACAACGACCUCAGUCUCGAUAUUCUACGGAGCUGGAUCCGACUGAUCGACCAGGACGGCUGGGUGGCUCGUGAACAGAUCCUUGGCGACGAGGCUCGGUCUCGUGUUCCCGACGGCUUCCAGACGCAGUACCCCCAGUACGGCAACCCGCCGACGCUGAUCUUGGCCGUCAGCGCCUACGUGGACCGACUCGUUGCGCGGAUCGAAAAGUCGGGACUCAGCGUCGCCUCGCUCGGCAGUCAACAGACGUUGUCCGACUUUGAAGCCCUCGACACCGCGCCCGUCUCGGAAAAGAUGCUUGCCUCGGCAGCACUCGGUCAAACGUUCCUGCGCGAGAUCUACCCCAAGCUGCGUCGACACUACCGUUGGUUCCGUCGCACGCAGCGCGGAGAGAUCCGCGAAUGGGAUCGCGAAGCCACCUCGAAGCACGAAGCGUAUCGAUGGCGUGGCCGUACCAAGGAGCAUGUCCUGACCAGCGGUCUCGACGAUUUCCCACGUGCACCCGUCGCACACACAGGCGAGCUUCACGUCGACCUGCAUUCGUGGAUGGGCUCGUUCGCCGAUACCAUGGCCAAGAUCGCACGCGUACUCGACAAGGAAGACGACGUGGAGGAGUACACGCGACACUACUCGGACAUCGUCGCCAACCUGGAAGACCUGCACUGGAGCGAAGAGAACAAGAUGUACUGCGAUGCGAGCGUCGACGAGCACGAUCAAUCGUAUCACGUCUGCCACGCUGGCUACGUCUCGUUGUUCCCCUUCAUGCUCGAACUGCUGGAUGCGGACUCGCCUCAUCUGGGCCACGUUUUGGAUCUCCUCUCGGACCCUGAGCAGCUCUGGUCACCAUACGGCAUCCGAUCGCUCAGCCCCAAAGACGAACACUUUGGUCAGGGAGACAACUACUGGCGCGGUCCCGUGUGGGUGCACAUGAGCUACCUCAGCUUACGAGCAUUGAGAAACAAGUACGCCACGACGUCGGGUCCGCACCAACAAAAGGCACGCGAGAUCUACGAAAAGCUGCGAAGCAACGUGGUGGACAACACGUUCAAAGAGUACGCCAGGACAGGCUACGUCUUCGAACAGUACAAUCCAACCGACGGCCACGGUCAAAGGGGUUAUCCCUUCACAGGCUGGUCGAGCACCGUGGCCCUCAUGAUGGCCGAGAUCUUCCCAUAA